AUGUCAGCGAAAAUCAUUGAAAACUUCGAUAAGCCCAGUCCUGCCGGUAAUGAGUUCCGCAGUGACACUUUUACCACGCCCACAGUGCUGAUGGUGCUGGCACUCCAACACGCCACGGUGGGUGAUUCCGUGGUUAAUGAAGAUGAGGCCACCAAUGCCCUCGAAGCAAAAGUGGCGAAGCUCGCUGGUAAAGAACGAGGCUUGUUCUGUGUCAGUGGUACUCUUUCCAACCAAAUUGCCAUCAGAGCCCAUUUGCACCAACCGCCAUACUCGGUGUUGGGUGACUUCAGAUGCCAUGUGUUCGUCCACGAGGCCGGGGGCAUUCCUACGCUUUCCCAGGCAUUGCCCAUUUCUGUCCACCCCAAGAACGACUUGUACAUGACGUUGGAAGAUGACAUUCUCCCCAAUUACGUGCCUGACGACGAAGACAUCCACUGUGCCCCCACGAGACUCAUUUGCCUCGAAAAUACCCUUCACGGGAUGUUGUACCCGAUUGAGGAGAUCAAGAAGAUCAGUGAAUGGGCCCAUGCUAACGGUAUUGCCGUUCACUUGGACGGAGCGCGGUUGUGGGAUGCCACGGUGGCGCUGGGCCACCUGAUUGAAGACUACGCCAAGUACUUUGAUCUGGUAUCGCUUUGCCUUUCAAAAGGUCUUGGUGCCCCUAUUGGGUCGGUGUUGGUGGGUCCUGAGAAGUAUAUUAAGAAAGCCAACCACUUUAAGAAGCAGAAUGGUGGGGGUAUUCGUCAGAGUGGUAUCCUUACGGUGAUGGCUUCGCAAGCCCUUGACGACAACUGGAGCAAAUUGGCCACUGCCCAUGCGUUUGCUAAGGAAGUGGGAGAAUUUUUGGAGGGUCAGGGUGUGAAAUUGCACCACCCCGUGCAGACUAACUUUGUCUUUAUCGAUAUGGCGGAAAACAAGAUGGACCCGCUGGUGUUUGAAGCCAAAGCCAAGCAACACAACGUCAAGGUGUGGCCCGGCAGGCUUGCAUUCCACUACCAAAACACUCGUGAAGGGGUGGACAACCUUAAACGAGCACUUCAAGAUACCAUCGAUGAGUCGAAGAAGAACCCGUACCAGGGCCCUCGAGCCAAGUUCUACAGCACCGAAAAGACCGAUCUCCCCACCAACUAG